AUGCGACGCCCAGACGUUGUCAUGGCUCCGCUGUCUCAUUCGUCUUCGGUCGUUCAAGUGUCAUCUGCAGCUCCAAGUAGUACUCGUGGACGUGUACGUUCUUCUACUGGAUCUCUUGUUUCGCCUUCUACAAGCUCAAGUGGCUGGACACUUCCACCUUUGAACCAAUUGAUGACACUUCCCAGUAGUUUCUUGGCUUCACAUUUUGGUACUUCUAUGGACACGAUUUACCCUAUCCGCAAUAACAACGAGCGUAUUAUUUCAGCCAAUCGGAAUCGUGAUACAAAUCUACCAAUCAAUGGCUCUACACUUGAUAAUUUACUCCAUGACGACGAAGACGACGACGAAUGGGACGCAUCGGAUCACUUUGUUUUGCCUCGUCUUGUCUAUCACAAUGCCGUCGUAGACGACACUAGCGAGUCGACUCAUCAACAGGAAGAAAUUGAUCUCACUGUCUCAUCGUCUGAAGAUGAAGGAGGUGACACAAAUGCAGUAGGAGACAGUGACGAUGUUAUUGAAAUUAUUGAACCCUUGCAGACAUCCGACACUAUCGAGUCAACGCUUUUCCAUCGGAAACGACGUCGACCACGAGUUGUAGCAAGUGAAAACGACGUGUUGGGACUGAAACGUCAGCGCUCCAUGGACAUGGUGAGAAGUAUCGAGUCGACUAACGUUGGAAUGCGAAACAACGAGAUGUUGCAGAAAUUCAAGAGUGAACUCAAGUGCACCAUCUGUUUGGAUGUACUAGAAGGCAUUACUUCCACGAUAUGUGGUCACAUUUUUUGUGCUGAAUGUAUUCGCCUAGCGAUCCGUGCUAAUGGAAAAUGCCCCUUGUGUCAGCGUCGUCUGCAUCUCAAGGACAUACAUCCUCUCUUUUUUUAA